AUGGGAUCUUCAAACAGACACAAGAAGCAGAAGCAAAAGGAUUUUGCAAAACGAAAGCUUAAGGUGGGAAAGCUUGCCCCUAGAAGAGCAAACCAGACAGAUGCCUCAUUUAAAGUUCGGAGCAUUAGUCUUAACCAACGAAAGACCUUAUCAUCAAAUGAAACCGAUGAUGAGGCAUUUAAGAAGAAACUGUCGAUUCUAAAGAAACCUACGACCAAUUUGAACUCACGAAAGGCCAUUAUGUCUGAAAUUUUGCAUGAUAUGUCUACUCAGCGUGAUGGCCUGUCUGGUCACAUGGAUGAAAUUCUCAAGGUUUCAGCUCUUUUAAUAAUUGAUAGAUCACGUACUAUGAGAGAGAUGAAUCUUGAUCUUUGGAGUAAGCUUAUAGAACUGGGUGAAACAGAUGGCUUCGUUCUUCAUCUCAAUACAUUUCUUCUUUUUGUUAAUUCAGCAAUGACGCAUUUGGUGCCGGCCAUACGUAAGGAUAGCAUAAAAUAUCUUAACUGCCUUUUAUCAGACGAGCGUAUCUCACCAUUCGUCGUUAAAUCCAGCUGGUUUAAGUUGCUUCGAAACUUUAUGAUCCUCAUGAACUGGACCAGCAGAGCAGACGACUCUGGAAAAGGCAAGACUAUUGUCGUUCGAGAAAGUUCUUCCGAAUUGAUGUCAAAGAAUCUUUCCAAGAGUCGAGUUGAAGAAAUCACAGUUCUUGCUCGAAUGAUCAGGCUCGGAUGCCUAAAUCCUGUUGGCAAAGACGGAAAACCAAAGGAGGAAUCAUCGCUUCAAAUACAUCCGUUUACAUCUUUGUAUAUGCUUCCCGAAGAACCGAAUCCAUACUCUGCCUUGAAGCUUUUCACAGAAAUACACUUCAGCAGUAAUCUUUCAGCCUUCAGUGGGACAUCUGCCAAUAAAUCUGGCGGUAUUGAUUACGAAGAGCUCUCCACAGAAGACCGUGAAAAUAGAAUUAAGAUGCUAUGUGAAGUGUUUGGAGACGGUUUAGAAGAGGGACUCAAAGAGUUAUCUAAAGAAGACAACAGGGUGCUAGCAGGUAAGUCAAAAGCUUUGUUAGGUGAUUACCAGUCUAUAAAAAAGGAGUAUCUUCUUGCCGAAAGCGAUUAG